GUGAGUCUGGUCCAAGCCCCAGCCAAACAGCAAUGUGGAGCCGCAGGACAAUGAAGACACCACUGUGCCCAUAACUACAGCCUACCUCUGCAGCUGCCUAAAGUCAGACCUAAAGUCAGAAUGGACCAGCAGAUGACACUGGCCUGGGGGCUGCUCUUCAUGGCCCUGAUGGCUCUCUGCUGGGGACACGGUGUGACAGAGGCUCAAGAAACUGUCCCUCUGCAGACUCUGCAGUGCUUCAACGACUACACCAGCCGCAUCAUCUGCAGCUGGGCCAACACAAAGGAUGCCCAGGGACUCAUUAAUGUGACCCUCUACCACCGCCUAAACUCAAAACAAGAGCCAGUAUCCUGUGACUCCAGUGAGGACCUCCAAUGGUCAGAGUGCCCGCCACCCCACCGCUGUACGCCAAGAAGAUGUGUCAUCCCCUACAGACAUUUUUCCAUCUCCAAUAAUGACAUCUACUCAUUCCAACCAGAUCGGGACCUGGGCAUCCAGCUCUUGGUUCCAUUGGCCCAGCAUGUGCAGCCACCACCUCCCAAGGACAUUAGCAUCAGCCCCUCUGGGGACAAUUUCCUGCUGGUGUGGAGAGUGCCCCUUGGGGAUGCCCAGGUUCCCUGGCUGUCAGAAGAGGACAUACAGUUUGAGGUGGCUUACAGGCGGCUUCAGGACUCCUGGGAGGAUGCCCCCAGCCUCCACACCAGAAACUCUUGGGUCAUUCUAGAGCCAAAGCUGCUCCUACCUGGCAACAUCUAUGCGGCCCGUGUGCGCACUCUGCUCUCCCCAGGCUCAGGCUUGUCUGGAAGGCCCAGCAGAUGGAGCUCAGAGGUGCAGUGGGACUCCCAGGCAGGGGACAAGGCCAAGCCUCAGAACCUGCAGUGCUUCUUCGAUGGGAUCCAGACCCUCAACUGCUCCUGGGAGGUGUGGACCCAGAUGACUGGCUCUGUUUCCUUUGGGCUCUUCUACAGCUCAGGCCCGGCCUCUCAGGAGAAGGAAUGCUCCCCGGUGGUGAAGAAGCCACAGGCCAACCUCUGGACCCGGUACCACUGCAGCCUGACCGUGCCCGAUCCCAGCGCACACAGCCAGUACACAGUCUCAGUUAAGCCGCGGAAACAAGAGAAGGUCAUAGAGAGCUAUAGCCACAUCCAGAUGAAUCCUCCAACUCUCAACGUGACCAAGAAUGGAGACAGCUACAACCUGCAUUGGGAAAGUGAGAAAAUACCCUACAAACACAUUGAAUACAAAUUCCAUGUCCAGUACAAGAAGAAAGAGGACAGCUGGAAGGACAGCAAGGAAGAGUAUAUAGAGCGAAGCUAUAACAUGCUCCUGCCUCUGCUGACAUCUGCCACCACAUAUGAGGCCAGGGUGAGGGUCAAGCCACUUCCUGACUACGAUGGAACCUGGAGUGAGUGGAGCAAAGAGUGCACCUGGACCACUGACUGGGUGAUGUCCACCCUGGGGAUAGUUCUUAUCUUGGUCUUCAUCAUCCCCAUCUUGCUCCUGGUCCUCUACGUUGGUUGUGUCUAUUGGUACAGGCUAUACAGGAAGUGGAAAGAGAAAAUCCCCAAUCCCAGCAAGAGCCUCAUAUUCCAGGAUGGGGGUAAACGACCCUGGUUUCCCGGCAGUGUGACAGCCUUAGCCACUAAGAACGCUCUUCCCCAGGGACCACAGAGCAACCUUCUCACUGAGCUGCAAGGGGUGUCAUAUACACAUUUGGAGGACAAUGAAGUGUCACCUCUCACCAUAGAGGACCCUGACAUUGUCCGAGAUCUACCAUCUGGGCCUGACACAACUCCAGCUGCCUCAUCUGCAUCCAUGGAACAGCUGUCAGAUGAUCAAGUCGACCCACCAACUCCUUCUGGCAGACCUAAAAAGCAGAUGUCAACCUUUGACUUCAAUGGACCCUACCUGGGGUCUCCCCAAUCCCACUCUUUGCCUGAUCUCCCAGGCCAGCUGGUUUCCCCCCAGAUGAGUGAGAGCCUGAAGCCAGCACUGCCAGGCUCCUUGGAGUACUUGUGUCUGCCCCCUGGAGGACAAGUGCAGCUGGUCCCACUGUCUCAGGCAAUGGGGCAAGGCCAGGCUGUGGCUGUGGAGUGUGGGUCCAGCCUGGAGAACACUGGGAACCCAUCCAUGGAACAGAGGGACGGGCCUGCAUUUGAGCUGAGGGUGGAGGAACAGGAGCCAAAGGAUAGUUUGAUGACCCCACCCAUGAGCUCUGGGGGCCCUGAGGACAUUGUGGUGGCCUCUGAUUAUGUCACUUCUGCAGAUCUGGUGCUCACUCUGCCCACAGGGCCCCUAUCUACCUCCCUGGGUCCCUCUCUAGGGUUCCCCACAGAUCAAAGGCCCAGUCUCUGUCUCAAGUUGACUGGCGUCCCUCCUGGAUGCCCAGCUCUGGGGCCACCAGAGGUUGAGGACUAUGUGGAGCUCCCUCCAAGCAUGAUGCAGCCCCCCAAAUCCUCUCUGGGCAAUCCUGUUCCUCCUAUGCCACACAGCCCCACAGUGAGCCCAGGGGAGCCCAGGGAGGCAGUAACCCCAGUAUCCCCACAGCCUGAAGGCCUCCUUGUUCUUCAGCAAGUGGGGGACUACUGCUUUCUCCCUGGCCCCCUCUCACCACGCAGUAAACCAUCUUCUCCAGGCCUGUGCCCUGAGAUUGGGGACCUAGACCAGGACUUGCCUGCCCAAAAGCUCCCCUGCCAGCCCUUGCCCCAGGUGCCAGCCAUUCAGUUUUUCAAAUCCCUGAAGCAUCAGGAUUAUCUGUCACUUCCCCCUUGGGACAGCAGCCAGCCUGGGAAGGUAUGCUGAGCCCAUCCCUCCCAGGCUCACCAGCAGCCCUGCACAUCAGCCUGAGGACCUCAACCUGAGCAUCUCAGAGAACCCUUGCUGGAAGCACAUUUGUCCUUGUUCUCAGCCCUGACACUCAGCAAUACAGGACCUGAGCUCUCUGUCCCUGCUUCCUUCCCUCCAUUCUUUCCUUCCCCUUCCUAUUCUUCCCU